AUGAAUUUGAUAAUUUUAUCAUAUUUAGGCUAUGCAAUCUUGGCCCUCAUAGCUUAUCUUGUAAUAGCACCAAUACCAAAGCUCUUAUACUACAAGAUUAAGUUUGGAUCUGCAGUGGACAUCUAUUACUUCCCAAUAAUUGGACUUAUAGGACAAAUCAUAAUAGAUUUAAUAUUUCGAAAAGAUGCCUUCUAUUCCUAAAAAAGGUAUGUGUUAAAGAACAACAAACUCAAAUUACACAUAUCUAAUGAUUUAAAAGGUGGUGUUCACUUCUCCUUGGUUGAUCCAAAGCUGAAGAAACUCGUAUUUUUUGAUUAAGAAUCAUUUAAGAAAAUGGAAGGCAUGCCUUUUGCUGAUACAUUCAUGGAUUAAGGAUUGCUAUUCCAAAAUGGCAAGAGUUGGCAUACAUCAAGACAAAUGUUAACCAAACAUUUCACAUAUCAGGAUCUAUUAGUAAUGGUAGAAACACUAAAAUAAGAAUGCAAAAAACUUUAACUACAAGAUGGCCCCAUUGAUAUUUUGACUUUGUUGAAGUAGUUGACGAGUACAACAAUCACCAAAGCAUUUUUUGGAAGUGAAAACAAUGAUGUUUCAGAUUUGGGUGUUGAGGUGAAUAAAAAUAUGGAAAAAAUGAUGCUCUUCUUCUUAAAUCCUUUAAUUGUUUUGAGAUGUUUCGCAUUGAAACUCAAUAAGACCACGACUCCCUCAUUUUUAUUGUCAUCUGGUGAAAAGGCAUUUCUUAGAGAACUGUAAGCUUAAAAAUAAAGAAUCUCAUCUUAAAUAGAUAAUGGGAUCAAAAAAAUCAAAGAGAAUCAGACAUUAUAAGAUAAUAUAUUGACCACCAUGUGCAAAGAAAUCAUAAAUAACAAUAUUACCAAGGAAGAAGCCAUUCAUUAAUAUUUCACCCUCUUAAUUGCAGGAAUAGACUCAACAAGCCAUGUCGUGAAGAACUUUUGUUAUGCCUUAGGUCUCUAUCCAGAAGUUCAAGAGAGACUCAGAAAGGAGAUCCAAAGCUAGGUUUAAUAAUUUGAUGAUCUAAGACCACAACAACUAAGUCAAUUUAAACUAUUAGAUAACUUUAUUAAUGAAUCUUAUAGACACUAUACUGCAGUUCCUUCAUUGUUCAAUAGAGUUGCUCUUAAAGAUAUUUAAUUAGGAGAAUUCACAAUCUAAAAAGGAUAGAGCAUGGAUUUAAAUAUGAUGAUGAGUCACUUUGAUCCAUCUAUUUUUGAAAAUCCACUCAAGUUUGAUAUUGAUAGAUGGAAUUCCCCAUUAUUAGAUCCAUAUUCUUUUAAUCCAUUUUCAGCUGGCCCUAGAAAUUGUAUUGGAUAACACUUAGCAACUUUGGAAAUGAAGACUUUGCUAGUUUAUUUGAUUCUAAAUUAUAAACUAGAAUUAAAUAGCGGUAAGAUCAUUUUAGGAUUGGCGAAUAUAUUUCUUAGUAUUGAAAAAUAUUAAUAAAUAAUUAUGAGUUCAAAUCCUUAUUUCUUAAUUCUUCAUCAUCAAUAUGAACAAGCUCUCCAAUUAUUGGUUAGUGAUGACUAUGAGACUCUUGUUACCAAAUCAUUAGUUCAAUAACAUCUUGGUUAAUAUGAUGAUGCAUUCUCCACAUUGGAUAAAGCAAUCUAAUUAAGUUCUGACAGAUCUGAAGCAUAUUAUAGAAAGGGAUUGAUUAACUUCGUUAUUGGAAAGAUCUAAUAAGCAAAGUUAGAUUUAUAAAAAAGCCUUGAACUCAAUCCAAACCAUAAGGAAACCCAAUAGUAACUUUUGAAAUGUGAACUAGAACUAAAGAAUACCAACUAACCAGCUUAGGAAAAAGUAACUCAGUAAUUGAAAUAAAUCCCAAAGAAUUCUGAGGCUGAUAGAACUGAUUGUUAUUCUGCAUCAGGAAAAUUGAUGUAUAGGUGGUAUCAAACAGAUCUUAAGGUUGGUAUAGAAAUACAUCAUGCAUUACCCAAUAGUGCGGAUUUAAAAUAUUAGUUUGAAAAAUAAAAACUACAAUUAUCAUUUCCCAUAGGAUAGGGAAAUAACUUUGAACUUGAUCUAGAGUUAUUUGAUGAAAUUAUUCCAGAGACAAGUAAGGCUAAGGUGGGGUUGAAUUCAAUUGAAAUCAUUAUGGACAAGAAGGAUAAAACAUUGAAUUGGGGUGCAUUGUAGAAAAAGGUUGAACAAUAAUAAUAAAUUCAUAUUGUGGAAUAAGCAGCAUAUCCCAGUUCAUCAAAAAAAAAGAAGGAUUGGAGUAAAAUAGACAAAGAGAUCGAGGAGGAUAUCAAUAAGCAUAAGGAAGAAUACGGUGAAGAUCCUUUGAAUAGUUUGUUUCAGUAAAUUUAUUAAAAUGGGGAUGAUAACACAAAAAAAGCAAUGAUAAAAUCUAUGUAAGGAUCAAGAGGAACAGUGUUAUCAACUAAUUGGGAUGAAGUUAAAACAAAAGAUUAUGAGAGCAAGGAUAGACCGUCGCCUCCAAAAGGAUAAGAAUAUAAAACUUUAGGAUGA